CCCAUUUUAUAAAUCCUAUCACAAGUACUUCUAUUUGUUUUUAUAAUUGCUCGACACGGCGCAUAAGGUAGUUCCAUUUUAACCAAGAAAAUGGCAAAAAGUCCUGCUAAAGAAAGUGAGGGCGUGGCCACAACAAUUUAUAUUGAAUGUACAGAAGACCAAGGUCCUCCCAAUCUGUCUGCAGUUGGCCAGUUAAAUGUUACAGUGAAAGAACCUUUGGAGAAUGAGGACAUUUCUGAAGCUACUCCCAAAAAAAGAGGGCGGCCACGCAAAGAUUCUUUUAAUGAAAAUAAAAAAGUGAAUGAAAAAAAAAAUUUAAAUGAGAAUAAAAAAAGGGGGAGGCCAAGAGGUUCUAUAAAAUCUAAAAUUUCUCCUUCUCAUGAUAAAGUUGACUUGAGUUUGGGUGAAAAUAAAAGGGAAAGCAACGAGAGGCGGGACCAGAAAUAUCCGAAAUUAGAUGAAAAUGUCACAGACCCUUUUUUAAUGAAGAUAUCAAAAAUAUUUUCUAUUGUGAAAGAUGAGAAUGUCUCAGGAAAAAAUUCAAAAAAUAUCCCAGGUGUUCAAAAUGCUGACGUAAACGGGAAAAAAAUUGAAAAAUCACCCACCCGUUUCGAUGAUUAAAACACAUGUGAGAAAAUUUGCCAAGGAAUCGAAAAUCUCGGAUGAAAACACUUCUGAUACGACGGAUACCGAUCUUGAGGACGAGGAACCUCUCAUCUCAGAUGAGGAGGAAAAGAAUCUCGAUUCUUCCGACUCUGAGGAACUUAUGACUCUCAGUGAGUUGCGUGAACGAAAACUCUCCCGAGAAAAUAACGAUGAGUUCGCUGAUGUUGAAAAUGAGAAGAAAUUUAAGGACUCGGACCAGGAAGAUGUUUCUUCAAAUCCCGAUUUGAAUCAACCAGUUUCAUCACCUGAAGAGAUAGAGCAAAGCUCAUAUAAAGAGCGUGCAUCACCGUCCAAAAAGGUUGGCAACAGAAAAUAUGGUUUGGGUAAAGUAAAUGGGAGUCCAGGAUUAAGUAGUAAGAGGUUGGCAGUGUUAAGACGAGGGAAAGCAAAGCUAGAUGCUAAAAGUUCGGUCUACAAAGCAACACAUUAUGGGAACCUGAGAGCUAAAAGAGUAACUGAAAAAACAAAGAAAAGAAAAUACACCAAACCUGUGAAGGAAACUUACACCUUUCCAAAAGCAAAUGAAAGAAAUGGUAAACCAGUUUUGCAAAGUUUGGUUCUGAAGCGAAAACCCGGUAGACCACGCAAAGAUGAGAGCAAUGAAAAUAAUGUGGAAAUCUAUCAUGGUAAAAAAACGCGUGUCGUUGUAUCCAAGCCCCGAACAUUUAAACACUUUGGUACUGUUGUACCUAUUAUGAAAAGAAACAAGCUUCAAACAAUCCAAAAAGGUAAAGUCGUAAAUAUUUUAAAUAGCUCUUACAAAAGCCAAGAGCGGAAUAUUCAUAAAUUGGAAAAUGGGACAACUUCUCUUGGCGAUAACCAUGUUACAAGAUCUUACAGACAACAGAAAAAGAUUAACUGGGGAAACUACCAACCUCCCAAGUUAUUAGUGCACGUGACUUCUUCUUUAAGCUGUGAUGUUGCUGCUGUUGGAACUCAAUGUAGUGAGUACUUUGAGAUAUGUAUCCAGUCAAAACAGUUCAAUAAUUCAAUGGUUGAUGAUGAAGAGUCAGAUUCUGCCCCAACAAAUAUUCCUGAAGAAACGCAGCCAUAUAGAAAUUUCAUUACACUUGAGGUUAUGGAAGACAUUACUGCUUGUCUUAGAAAAGCCGAGGAUGAUUUAUCAAAAGCAGUUUUGCUUUGUGCAAAAGGAAGUAUAUUUUCUUAUGGUCUCGAUGUGGAAGAUUUGAUGGAACAUGAAAAUCCACAGAAAGUUCUUGAUGCAUUAAGGAGAAUGAUUGAUUCUUUCAUUCGGUUUCCUAAACCAAUAAUUGCCGCAGUUCAAGGUCCUUGUGCAAGCUUGGGUGCUUCAAUACUCGGGUUAUGUGAUCUGGUUGUGGCAAGUAACAAAGCUGCGAUACAAAUGCCCUACACACUACAAGGGUUAACACCUGAUAGUUGUUCUUCUUAUUUACUCCCAACUAUUGUUGGCGCACAGCAGGCGAACUCUCUGUUGCUUGGAAACAAAAUUCUCACAGCAUUUGAGGCUCAUCAGAUCGGGUAUUUCACGGAAGUUGUUUCACAUGAAGAGCUCAUGGGAAGUGUCAUGAAUCAUAUGAAUAGUUUGCGCUUUGCAGCACUGCCGUCUAUUAUUGCAACCAAGAAGCUGUUGAAAGCUCCACACAUUGCCCAGCUUGUUUAUGUGAAUGAUUCUGAAAUCAGAAAUCUCUCUGCCUGUCUAUUAGACCCACAAUGUCAAUCAAAUAUGCGAACAUUUGUUAAAAGCAUGUAUUAAAAUUUUCAAGAAAUUUAUUAACAAACCUUUUCUAUCGUGCUAAUUUUACAAUUAGCUAAUGUUGUGCUUUAAUGUUUUUACAAAACUUGUUGUAUUUGUUUUUUAUUAUUUUUAAUAAAUAUUAGUGUUUUCAAAAUAUUUCAGUAAAGUGAAAAUCUCAAAAACUUAUUGUUUGGGACAAUAUGGUGUUAAAAACCCAAUUUUAAAUAAAGUAAAAAAUGAGAUUUUUAGUAACGCAAAUUCAGUGUCCAAAUAUGCUUAAUUUUCGUUGUUCACUUCUUGUUUUCUUGCAUAGUGUAUUUAAAUAGAUUAAAACAUUUGAUUUAAUCUCUUUGGUGUAUUUCACGCCUAAAUAAACACACUGCUUGAAA